CAUAAAUAGAUAGGAUAGCUUCCAAACUAAAACCCUCUGAUAAACUCCUUCCAUCCAUCUCCAUCUUUACCUGUACUCGCAGACGUUAACUAUUCUUUUCAAAUGUAUUCCAUCCAAGCGGAUAGAGCACCAACCCGCUGGGCACUGCUUGGGUUCAGAGUCCUGGCACCAUCGAUAUACGUUCAGGAAGCCUCUCAGCACUCGACAUCAGCCUUCUCAUUUUGUUCCGAUCCCACGUCCUCGUCGACGGAAAGCACCGAUGCGCCAGGUCCCUCCAUAAUACUCCUCACUUCCUGGACGGGGGCAGACCCGAGAAACGUUGCCAAGUACACCAGGCGAUACAAUGAAUUAUAUCCGGAUACCCCGAUCAUGGUCAUCACAACGGUGAUCAAAGAUCUCGUCUUCCGCUCAACUAAAGAAAAGGUCACGAUGCUUGAGUCGGCCGUCGAGUUUCUCCGGAAUCACAUCAGCUCACAAUGUAAGCGACCUUCAAUCCUCCUUCAUGCCUUUUCAGAGGGAGGAUCGAAUAAGGCCGUGUGCCUUGCUCGAGCAUAUCUUUCUGCCACGGGCUGCCAGUUACCUGUGGGGGCUUUCAUAUUCGACAGUACGCCAGGGAAGCCACGUUUUUCAUCGAAUGUCGCAGCCUUCAAGCGGUCGCUGCCCUCCAACAAGUUCGUCCGCGCUAUAGGGCUUCCCUUCGGUGCUAUCGUAUUGGGCAUGGUCUACGGAGUCUACUCGGUGUUCGUGGGACGUGAGAACAAUGUCAUCUCCAAAACGAGGAUUGCAUUGAAUGAUGAAGUGCUCUGGGACGUCACGAGUGCUCCGCGGACGUACGUCUUCUCAGAAGCGGACGACCUCAUUGCGUGGGAAGAUGUUGAGGAUCAUGCCUGGGAGAGCGCUGAGCUGUUGGGACUUGACAGCAUGGUGGUCAAGUUUAGAGAGAGUGGGCAUUGCAGCCAAGCUCGUGAGAAUAAGGAGGAGUACUGGACUGCUGUGAUGGAGACCUGGGAGGCGCGGGAUGCUCAGGAUGUAAUCUGAAUUGAUUUCUGUUCUCGUUGAUUGAUUCAAAAAUGCUGAAUAGAGUCAUGAUUAUGAAAUCACGACUUCUUUUUUGAUCUUCCUUGAAAGUACUCUCGAAGAUUUGCUGCCUGAG